AGGGCCACCUACCUGAUCCACCUUCACACUUGCUCAUCUCAGCUAUUCUCUUGACACCAUGGAUGUGGAGGAAGAUGACUUGUCAAUACUGACCUCUCUGCUGGAGGAGAAUGAGGCAGCCUUGCCUUGUAGUUCGGAAGAGAGUAACUCCUUGUCUCCAGAAGAGGGUGAACCUGAUGAAUUUGAUGAGCUUUUUGAUGCCGAUGGUGAUGGUGAAUCUUACACGGAAGAGGCUGACAGUGGGGAGGAGGGAAAGACAGAAAACCAGAAGGAAAAUUUGGCCACUCUGUUUGGCGACGUAGGGGAUUUAACAGAUGAUGAAGUUCCUACAUUGCAAGUUGAAAACGACGUCCUUCCUACUUCUGCUCCCAGCCCAGGAAAAACCAACCAGGAGUUGCAAGAUGAAUUAAAGAAGUUGCAAGAGCAAAUGAAAGCCUUGCAGGAGCAGCUCAAAGCGGCAUCAAUUAAACAGCCUCCAGGUACAGCCCGCUUGCACGAGUUACCUGAAGGCACAUCUCGGCAGCCCCUUCUUAAGGAGAAGAAAGUUCGGAGAAUUCAGGAGUCAGCAUGCUUCUCCGAAGAACUUGAUGUCCCUGCUUUACCCAGAGCCAAACGUGUGGCCCGGACGCCCAAGACUCCUGCAGAGUCAUCCUCAAGGACAAGUACAUCCUCCCAACCACUCCAGGUUAUUUCCAGUUUUGUAGAGCCUACAAGCUCCUCUUCAAGGUCAACGAGUGCACCCUCACCACAAGCUGUUCCUAGGAAUAAACCCAGUUGGACGGCUAGAAAUCAGAGCACAGGAACCCCUGGCAAUGCUGGGGAACGGGCUCCACAGGUUCCCCAGGUCUCUGUGGAAGCCUUCUCAGGCCUACGACUCAGGCGACCGCGAGUAUCCUCCACAGAAAUGAACAGGAAGAUGACAGGUCGGAAACUGAUCAGACUCUCUCAGAUCAAGGAGAAGAUGGCAACUGAGAACCUGGAGGAAACGGACUGGGUGACAUUUGGGGUUAUUCUGAGGAAGGUCACUCCACAGAGCGCUAACAGCGGGAAAACAUUUAGCAUCUGGAAACUGAACGACCUUCGAGACCUGACACGGUGUGUGUCCUUGUUUUUGUUUGGAGAUGUUCACAAAGAUCUCUGGAAGACAGAGCAAGGGACCGUCAUAGGGUUGCUCAACGCAAAUCCCAUGAAGCCCAAAGAUGGCUCAGAGGAGGUGUGCUUAUCUAUUGAUCAUCCUCACAAAGUUUUAAUUAUGGGAGAAGCCAUGGACCUGGGAACCUGUAAAGCCAAGAAGAAGAAUGGAGAGCCGUGUACACAGACUGUUAAUUUGCAUGACUGUGAAUACUGCCAGUAUCACAUCCAGGCCCAAUACAAGAAGCUUAGUGCGAAGCGGUCUGAUCUGCAGUCCACUUUCUCCGGGGGACGGAUUCCAAAGAAGUUCCGCAAAGGCACCAGCCUGAAAGAGCGGCUGUGCCAAGAUGGUUUCUACUACGGCGGGGUUUCUUCUGAAUCCUUCGCAGCAUCCAUGGCAGCAGCUAUUGCUCCCAAGAAGAAGGUUCAAACCACUUUGACUAAUCUGGUUGUGAAGGGCACAGGCUCUAUCAUCCAAGAAACAAAACAAAAACUCGGAAUUCCCCAGAAGAGCUUGUCUUGUUCUGAGGAGUUCAAAGAACUGAUGGCCCUACCCACAUUUGGAGCCAGAAACUUAAAGCAUUUAGCCAAAGCUACUUCAGGCAUACUGGGAAGCCCAAAACCUGCUAUCCAGUCUAUCUCAGCAUCGGCCCUCUUGAAGCAGCAGAAACAGCAGAUGCUGGAAAUGCGGAAGCGGAAAUCAGAAGAAAUACAGAAACGAUUCCUCCAGAGCACAAGUGAAGUCAAGAGGCCCGCAGUGCCGUGUUCCUCUCCACAGGCUGCUGCCCAGUCUCCUCGGACUGGGGCUGAAUUCCCCAAGUUGGAAAGAACCCCAGCCCCUCCGAUGCCUAAGCUCGGUAGAGGCAUCUCAAAAGGGGACGAUGUUCUCUUCUUUGAUGAAUCACCACCACCAAGACCAAAACUGAGUGCAGCAGCAGAAGCUAAAAAGUUAGCUGCUAUUGCAAAAUUAAGGGCAAAAGGCCAGAUUCUUAUCAAAAGAGAUCCAAACAAUAUUGUAAGGAAGCAAAUGGACCCCCAAGAUGUGCUGGAAGUGAAGGCUCGUGCAGAGAAGAGCAACACGGAUCCUCCUGAAGAUGAGUUGGAGCCUGCCAGGAAAAAAAGGAGAGAGCAACUUGCUUACUUAGAAUCAGAGGAGUUUCAGAAAAUACUAAAAGCAAAGUCCAAGCACACGGACAUCCUGCAAGAGGCCGAGGCUGAGCUACAGAAAUCCUAUUUUGAGCCACUGGUGAAAAAAGAACAAAUGGAAGAAAAGAUGAGAAGCAUCAGAGAAGUGAAAUGCCGAGUGGUGACAUGCAGAACGUGCACCUACACCCACUUCAAGCCUCUGGAGACCUGCGUCAGCGAACAGCAUAACCUCCAUUGGCAUGACGGCGUAAAGAGGUUUUUCAGAUGCCCCUGUGGGAACAGGACGAUCUCCCUUGACAGGCUCCCAAAUAAGCACUGCAGUAACUGUGGCCUCUACAAGUGGGAACGGGAUGGCAUGCUAAAGGAGAAGACUGGUCCAAAGAUAGGAGGAGAAACACUGUUGCCCAGAGGGGAGGAGCACGCCAGGUUUCUGAACAGCCUGAAAUGACCCCUCUCUUCAAACAUCUUCUCACAACCAGCCUUACUUCUGUGGCUCCAAAGAGCAAGAGAUUGACUUCACGUCAUCCUUUUUCCUGACUGACAGCGUGAGAAAGAAGUAGAAAGAAGUGCUUCGUAACACACUGCCCACUCACUGUGCUCUGUGUGCUGGCUUGACGCCAUAUUCAACAUUAGCGUGCACCUGAGAAAUCAGGGCACUCAUGUUACACAUGCCUGCCUUACAGCAGCCACAGAGAUUUUUGUCCCCAAACCGAAAGGUGACUCAAGAGCUUUGCUUCUAAUGGGUAUCCUUGUGAGAGGCAGAGUGCUUUUUUUUUUUUUAAUCACAGUCAAGUUCAAGAACUACAGUAGCAUCUCCCUAUUUCUGCACUUGGUUUCCUUAUGUGUAAAGUGAAGCCCGGGCUACAUGCCUGUAAUAUCCAACACUCAGGCUCUGGGGAUGAGCUUCCUUUCUGUUCCUGUAGUCUGGCUGUGCUGACACUGGAAGCCACAUUCUUUCCUUUUGUUCUACUGUCAUUUCAGCUUUGUCUUUAAAAUGAAGUCACUGAGCCAAUUUGUGACUCAGUUCAUUGAUAAAGAGAAGGCAGUGCUCUGUCUGCAAUGCCUAAGCUCUCGUCACCUUUACUGUGGCUUUAUUCAAAAUAAAGUUUGACGCUUUUAAUAAAAGCAGACAUACAACUUGAGAAGCUGUAAAGCUUGACUCAAAAACCAACUGUAUGGACAGAAUCCCAAGGACUUUGGGGGUUGCAGAUCCACUUUAUUAUGUGUGUCAGGAUCUUAAAGGUCAAACCAUACCUAGUUUAUCUGAGUAAACAUUUAAUUCUUGAGAUUAGGCUGGCUGGAUAACUUUUCAAAUAGUAUGUGACCUGGAUGAAUGCAGGUACUGUCUAAUGGUAGAAUAAGUUGACAGGAUCAUUUCUCUGGAAUCUGAACUCUAGCUAGACAUGUUUCACUUUUAUCCAGGACAACAUCAUGCCAAGAGAGUAAUCCAAUGGAAAGUGGUUAUGGGAGAUAGAUGGUUGAGGCUUUCAAGAGCCAAAGAUACAAUCCUACGGCCCCGGUUGGCGUACAGCUUUGUUUCUGCUCUAUAUGAGCUGACGGUGCUAACCACUGCAGCCAUGUUUUCCUUAAGGUCUAACCACCAUUUUUUUAGGGGUGUUAUACUUACAAGAAGGUCUUGGUUUCUAAUUUAACAAAUAAAAAAAUAAGGUGUUUAUUAGUUAGAACCAAAAGGUUCUUGAAACUGGCAUCUGAAACAGUGAUGUAUCUGAAGUUGGUGGCACAGCCACGUAGAGCUUGAUGGCUCUUUGAGCCACCUGCGCUGUGUGGGAAAUGUGCUCUCAUUUGAACAGGGCCUAACUGGGCUCUUGUGUGCUGUCUGCAGGAUGUCGGCAUGCUUACAAAGCUUUGUGGUGACCUGAGUCUGGAUCUCUUUAUUUUUAACGUUAACCUUAUAUUUCUAAAUAAUUAGAAACACAGUGGAUCCACACCCCACUUACAUAUUGGAGUAUUGGAAGGGCUGAUCUGUGUGCAUUGUGUGUGUGUGUUUUCCCAGAAUAUUCAGGGGUGAGGAGUGGUGGAGAGAACUACACAUGAGCCUUGAAAAUAUUCGUGAAUGGAAUUAGUUUUUUAAUCCUGCCUUUUAGUGCUUUUAUCAACUAUUAAAUACUUUCAUACAAA